AUGGAAAUUAAUGCAAAAGCUCACCACCACUCAACCACAGAGCCAUUGCUCCCAAUUUCAAGCAACCCUUCAAACCCCAUCGUGUCCCAAUCAGUCGCAUCCCAAUCCAUUGCAAGAUUAGUACACGUCCACCGCAUUCUAUUACUUGCAUUAGGGACAUUCACAUUGUUAUGUGUCUUCAUGCUCACGCCCACACAGAACCCAAAAAUCCAACUCGACUCACUCUUCAUGCCCAAGCUUAACGUCUCAAACAUGUCACUAGGGGCCAACUGGGACAUGGCCUUCACCGUAGAAAACCCCAAUAUGGUCUCUUGGGUUCAAUUCGACCGCAUAGAGGGUUCAAUUCUGUACAAGGACAACCCUCUCGCGAUAUACUCUGUUGAGCCAUUUGACUUGGGAUUGAAGGAACAAAGAUUGAUGCGUGUGAAGAUAUCGAGGACCGGAUUACAGGAUCAGCCGAAGAUGAAGGUGUCAGAUUUGGAAGAAAUGAAUAGGCAACGUGAAGAUGGUGUUGUGAGUUUGAAGAUGGAAAUGUUUGCAUGGGCUACGUAUAAGAAGGGUUGGUGGGGAACAGAAGAUGCCAUGAUGGAGGCUCACUGUUUGGAUUUGAGGGUUGGUUUCUUGCCUAAAGUUGGGUUCGGUAGCUGGAUCAGCGGAGGGCCGAUGACUUGCUCGACUAGUUCGUAUGCUAGUUGA